AUGAUGCUACAUCUAGAUGAAGGAACUUCUUUAAAGAAGAAGGGAAUCAUGGUGUUAUCGGUGCAGCCGGUUUGUGGUCGAGGCUCCAGAAAGAGCAGCAGCGCAAGCACGGGUAUCAAUUUCACCGGCAGCACUUACUGCACAAGGUUUUUGUAUUCGGUGCUGUUGGCGAGGACUUACGCCAGAAAGAAAAAGAUUUUAUAUGACUUGCUGGAGCACUGGAAGGAGGAUCUCAACGAUUGCUACCAGAACGGGAUAGAGAUCGAUGGUGUUCCCGGCCUGUCGAAGGUUUGGCCUGUUGUCAUUAAUUGCAAGGGAGAUUGGCCAGCUUUGACAAAAGCUGGCCGCCUUACACGACACCAUCUGAGAGAUGCUCCAGUAAGCGAUUCUCCGCCGGGAAUCUGCCAUCUUUGCAGAGCAGGCCAAAAAAACUUUCCUUGGAACGAGUUUGGGUCGAAAGCGAGGUGGCUCCAUGCUGACAAUCCGUUGCCCUGGACGGUUGCUAGCCCGCUGGCACAGCUUCCACAAGACCGCGGCAAUAUUGCUGGAUUUUAUUGCAUUGACUUGUUUCAUGCCGCACACAAGGGAGUCUUCGGAGACUAUGCUGCAUCGGCUAUGGUGACAUUGAUGGAUUACGACGUCGUCGGGGCUGGUACACUUCCGAGACGGUUGGAUUCUUUCUUCCAAGAGCUUCGAAACUGGUGCAAGGCUAACGGUUACAAUUUGCAUAUGACGAGUUUGACGAAACAACAAAUUGGCCUGGACACUUCUGCUGACUUUCCGGUCGCGAGUCUGGGCGUGCGGUGGUUCAAAGGAAACGAUACCACGAUCUUGGUGAAAUUCCUGGAAUGGAAAUACAAGCAGGUUUUGGCUGAUUGUGAUUCCGAGCUCGAGAGUGUGCUGACAGUCAUAUACAAUGGGCUUGUGGCGAUCAACAACUUCAUGAGAUCGGUAUAUGCUCAGCCGCUGUGGGUGAGGCCCGAAGUCUGUGGCCAAAUGGCCAGGCAAGGAAUGAUUUUCAUGAAAUCGUUCAAUUCAGCGGCAGCACGUGCUCUGGGCCUGGGACAGCCCAGAUUCAAGUACAUGCCGAAGUUCCACCUCAUGGCGCACAUUUUCCAUUCGCUCCAAAAGAAUGCCAGCGAAGGCGUUCUGGGCUUAAACGUCCUGGCCUUCUCCUGCCAAAUGGAUGAGGAUUUCAUAGGGCGGGUCGCCGGGCAAUCUCGCAAUGUAUCCAUCCGCACAGUGCAUGAUCGCACUGUGCAGCGCUACUUGCUCAACCUAGCGAUGCGAUGGUGA